AUGUCAAGAAGUCAGUCAGAGGUCAUCGAAGACUGGGUCAAGACACCGAUACCACCCAAGACCGCCGACAUGCCUUUCCUGAUACUCGACUCGGCGCUGCCAUUCGUGGCUAUCCUGUUGCUUCUUGGAGUCUUCUUGUUCCAACUUGUGUACCGAACUUUCACAGGAGGUCUUUCGAAAGUCCCCUCCGCUCACUGGACUUGCUCUUUCAGUCCCAUUUGGAUUCUUUGGCAGCGCUACCAUGGGAAGGAAUUGAAAGCUGUUCUCGCAGCUCAUAAAAGACUGGGCAAGAUUGUACGAGUCGCGCCGCAAGAGAUCAGCAUUAGCGACUAUGAGACUGGUGUUCGUCAAGUCUACAACGCCGGGUUCGAAAAACCGGGAUACUUCGAUUUCUUCCAAUACUAUGGACAGCGGAACUCUUUUGCCAGCCGGAGCCGAGCAGACCAUGCCGCAUGCCGCCGACGGGUCUCCUCGUCUUACUCCAAGACGACACUCUUUGCCUCCGAGACCCUGAGCAAAGUAACUCACAGCAUCAUGUACCAACGUCUCAUCCCAGUCCUCCAACAUCACUCUGCACACGGACAACCGGUAGAGCUUCUGAGACUCUGUUAUGCCUCAGGGUUGGACAUGCUCAACUGUUACAUUUUGGGUCUUUCCAGCGGACCCGACUUUACUCGAAACCCUGAGUUGACAGAGAUGUGGCUGGAGCACUACGAGAACAGAUACAGUCCUCAGGGCUUCUGGCUUCAGGAACUCCCCAAACUCUAUCACGGGCUUCGUAAGAUCGGACUCGAUGUGAUGCCUCGUAAGCACUAUGAGUCGACCGAAUGGAUCGAGAACUGGAUGUUGGAGCAUUGCGACAAGUCUGAGGCAAUGUAUCGACGCAUGCAGAACGGCGAGCAGCCUCCUGCGGAAGACAUCCCAGUUGUGUACAAUCAACUACGAAAGGCUAUGUCUAACUUGAAAGACGGCAAAUUCCUCGAUAUGCAGGCGUCGGAAGAGUUGUCUAGAAUCUCUAUCGCCAGUGAAAUUUUUGAUCACAUGUCCGGCGCUCGCGAGGUUUUUGGCCUCGUUCUUGCCUACGCGGUUUACUAUCUUGCUCAGAAUCCAGCUCAGCAAGAAAUGUUGAAGCAUGCGGUUGCGGGACUCGGAAUGCACGUGAAUCAAGUCGGUCACAGUGACGCUAAUAGUCUGCCUUCGCCUCAAACAAUUGAGUCGAUCGCAUAUCUGCAGGCUGUCAUCAAGGAGUCUCUGCGCAUGAGACCCAACAGCACCCCGCUACCACGCAUCACACCUCACGAUAAAUCUGUGAGCAUCUCGGGAGUCGACGGUAUUCCAGCGGGCACUCGGGUCAACUGCUUCCAAUGGUUUUUGCACCGGAACCCUGAAAUGUGGACACAGCCAAACGCCUGGGUUCCUGAACGCUGGCUGGACCCGAAUGGCGCAGAAAGGACCGAUAUGCCUCCUCUCUGGGCCUUCGUCACCGGUCCGAGGGCUUGUAUAGGAACACAACUGACGUACUAUCUGUUCGGAUACAUUUUGGCCGGUCUGUUCUCGAACUUCAGUGUCCAAAUCGCCCGCCCUGAGACCUACGGUCGCCACACACCAGGAUCUCUAGAAGACGAACUCUUUGUCUUAAUGACACCGAUUGCUGCAUAA